GCACAGCGGUCUGGCAAAGUGAGGCGGCAUCUGGGAGCUGCGAGCCCAGGGACACCGAGGAGACGUGAGCCCCUCACUCCGGGCUCAGCCCGAUCCCAUUGGCUCCCGAGCCGCUGGAUUUAAAGGGAAGAAGAGCUCGGAGGGCUGAACUGCACAGGCAGACGCAGACUCUCAGCCAAGUUGUCAGCACGCUGCGAGCAGGAGAGGCUCGCACACACCAGAGACUGCGGGGUGCCCGCAGCUUGAUGCUCCUUUGGCUCCAGAAAGGGAAAAAGAAGAGGGGACAAAAAAAAAAACACAAACAACAAACCACAGCCAGAAAGGGGUGAAGGAGCCUGAUCCAGUCCAGCAGUCCCAGAGGGAAUAAUGGAUGUGACGAUCUCUCAGUUCAUCUUAGAAGAAUUUGAUGUGAAUUGCAGCCUCCUGGAUCGCUUACACGAGACUUUUUUAGAGAGUUCCUCUAUCCCUUUCCUGGGCUUUGAUGGUCCGUACUGCAAUGCCACCACGGACCAGAUCGGGACCUGCUGGCCCAGAACCUCUGCGGGGGAACUGGUGGAGAGACCCUGCCCAGAAUUCUUCAAUGGGAUCAAAUACAACACCACGAGUAAGUACAAACUCCCUUCUUCGCCCGCAGAUCUCGCGUUCAGAAGACUUUUUUUUGCUUCUGCAGGUAUUCCCUGUCCAAUCAUCAUUGCCUGGGCCAUUGGCAAGCUGUAUUACGAAAAUGAACAAUGCUGGUUUGGAAAAGAGCCAGGGAAAUAUAUUGACUACAUCUACCAAGGGCCAGUGAUUCUUGUUCUCCUGAUAAAUUUUGUAUUUCUAUUUAACAUAGUUAGGAUUUUAAUGACAAAGCUGAGAGCUUCAACCACUUCAGAAACAAUCCAAUACAGGAAGGCAGUCAAGGCCACCUUGGUUCUGCUGCCUCUGCUUGGCAUCACCUACAUGCUUUUCUUUGUCAACCCUGGCGAGGAUGACAUUUCCCAGAUUGUUUUCAUCUAUUUCAAUUCCUUCCUUCAGUCUUUUCAGGGUUUCUUUGUGUCAGUAUUUUACUGCUUCUUGAAUGGUGAGGUCCGUUCUGCUGCCAGGAAGAGGUGGCACCGCUGGCAGGACCACCACUCGCUGCGGGUGCGUGUGGCACGAGCCAUGUCCAUCCCCACGUCCCCCACGCGCAUCAGCUUCCACAGCAUCAAGCAGACGGCGGCCGUGUGACCACCCCGACACCGCCCACCAACCACCCCGUGGCCUUCAGAGUUCUCCUGUCUUCACUCCCAGCCCAAAGCCCCUUUCUGCAAACUCUCCUCCUUUGUCCUCACUGGGCUCUUUUCAGUGAGGGGCCCGUCCCGUUUCGGCGGGCUCUCAUCUCCCACGUCUGCGAUGCUGCUUUGAGGAAACCAGGAAAAAGCCUCUUGGAGUUGGUGGUGAUAAAACAGAUUCAAAGAAGGAACAGGUUCAACCCUGACUGCAUCCUGUGGAAAUUCACAAUGCACAGUCUAAAACAGCACACUGGCAGGAAUAAUCAAUUUUUUUCUCCUUCCUUUCAUUUUUUUUAAUUUUUUUUGUUUUGUUUUUAUUCCCCCUUUCGUAUUGCGGUGAACAAAGACUGUUUUUAACACACUGCCCAUCUCCCCCUGUACAUUGAUUCCAAAUGUUUUCAAAAGUUUGGUGUAUAAUAGCCCAUCCCUUUCUUGUUUUCUUUGUAAAAAGUUUCUUCUCUGCAAAACUGUCAUUUGAGAACUUGUGGCAGCAAGAAAAAGAGCAUCUGAAAGGUGGUGUGAAAAGCCUGAAUUUAUCUGCCUUCCCCAUUUCUCUCUUGGACUGACUGGGAAUUGUCAGGACAUCGCUGGAGUGUUCCACACAGGGCACUGUGCCUGGCCAAGCAUCAAGCCCUGCUCUUACACCGAUUUUCAAAGGACAGGAGUAGCUCUAAGUAGCUCUACAAAAUACUCUCAUUCCUCUUAGCCCCACGCUUCCAGCACAGUGUAAGUGGAAAGCCUUUGGAAAGUGGGGUUUUUUCAGCUCUGAGGAUUGGGGUGGGGAAGGACAACUUUUCUGGGUUUAAAAAACACAGAAGGGAAGCACUGUAAAGAUAAUGAUGGUGAGAAGAGGAUGUUUGUGUUCCGAGGAUAAUGCUGCGUGCUGCACAAAGGUAUCUAUUGAGCAUUUUGAACUAGAGCAGUUGUAUCUACCAGGCUUUUUAUGUGGUGUUCAAAAAUACUGUAUAUUUUCAAUAAUAAACACUACUCUGGGUUGGUUUCAAUAAAACCAGGCAUCAUUUUCUUUACUCUGGAAAGGAAGAGGACACCUGUCUUGAGAGUGGUUUUGUAGCCAAGAUCAGGGAAGGAAAUCCUGUUUGAUAAUGAGCCAAGAAGAAGAACAACCUCGUGAUAAAAUCCUAACAAGGGGGCAUUGAAAUGCAAGAAGAAUUGCCUCCCUUCUCAGCUCGUGGUCUUACACUGGAUCCCUGUCCCUCCACUCUCUGUCCUCUGGGCUUUGCCACAGCAGUAAGAAAAAUAUUGUGUACUAUGUUCUCCCUCACCUGCAUCUCAACAGAGCUGGAGUAAUUUACUAUUUCCACUUUUAUCAAGCUUAUUCUGAAUUUUCUUCAGAUGUUUUAUAGGACUUUUCAGCACGAGCUUGAGUUAAACCUCCAGAUUUAUGUUGCUCUUGUUUUCAGUGGCUGGAAACUCUUGGAAAAAAAUCUCUUGGAAAACACUGUUAUAAAUGCCCUGCUUAUUGGGGGGAGGAACAUCUGUCCUAACAGCUGUCCUUACAGCUCUGUCACAUUCAAUUUUGAGCUUGCUGGCAAUGAACAGCAAAUUUAAAUAAACAACAUUUUGUAACUUUUCCCUCUCCUAA